UGCUGGGAGCCUAGUGCUGCUGUAAGAUGCUUUGAUAAGCAGUACGAGUACAAGGGCAGGUGCUGCCACCGGUGCCCCCCUGUCCCCUCCUCACUAGCCUCUGUUGCAGGGGAAAAGCUGGUCUCUGAAUGCAAUGGCACAGAGGACUCCGUCUGUGCCCACUGUGAGAGCGGACACUAUCAGAAGGGCUGGACCAAGGAGAGGCAUUGUGCCCCCCACGAUAUCUGUGAAGACAAUGUUGGCCUCGUCGUGAAGACACAAGGGAAUGCGACGCACAACACGGUGUGCCAGUGCCGGGCCGGCAUGCACUGCUCCGACAGCAGCUGCCAGACCUGCGUGGAGAACCAGCCCUGCCCGCGCGGCUUCGGCUUUGUGGCAGCCAAGGCCAUGGCCCAGAUGUCGUCCCCCUGUGAGCCUUGUGCAGAAGGCCCCUUCUCCAAUGUCUCUUCUAAAACCGAGCCGUGCCAUCCCUGGACAAGCUGCGAGGAAAAGGGGCUGGUGGUGAAAACAAAAGGGACUAACACCUCAGAUGUGGUCUGUGAGUUGGGCAGGCGUUCCUCGCUCUCAGUGCUCAUCCCCAUCACGGCUGCCAUUGUCACGUGCCUCGUGGGCAUCUGCAUCUACUGCCUGGUGCAUGCAGAUCCCAAGCGACGCCCGCGGGAGCAG